GUGAUUCUUUUCUACACAGAAAUGACAGCCAACAUGCCAGAUGUAGUUGAGUCAGAUUCCGACACGGAGCUGAUCAAACUCGAGGAUGUUCAUUUCCCUGGAGGCAUCCGACCCUUCCAAGAGCCCCCAAGAACGAGCGAUAACACCGAUCUCGAUUAUUACGCCAUUCUCGGACUGGACUGUAAAGCGAGUGAUACCGAUAUAAAGAGUGCUGUUCGAGCAAUGUCGAUGUUUUAUCAUCCGGAUCGACGCCGUCGGGUAUUCCGUAAUGUGGAAACUCCCGAGGGUUUAGAUGAAGAGUGUGACAAGAUUUUAGAAUACGUACGAAUGGCCAAAAACACAUUAGAAAACGAGGGCGAGCAUCGUAAUUACAACUUCCUGCACUUCCAGGUCGGAGAAUUCGACGAGCGCGAAAUUCUCAAGCACGAUAAAGCCGAAGCAGAAGAGUUGGUGAAAAACAUGCGAAUGACCGCUCAAUUCAUCGAGGAAGAAGAGCUUCGCAAGGAAAACGAGGGCCUCAUUAUCGAAGAAGCCUGGUUCGGAGCGAUCAUGGACUCUGUGGACCCGAAUCUGACCAUCGAAGACAUGCAAUUAGGUCGCAUCAUCGACGUCCGAAUCCCGAUGACCAUCCAAAUCAUCGACUCCAAAAUCACCCGAGGUCUUGCUUCCCCACCACACUCACUCCCAGAUAACAAAGAGCAGGGCUACAGUCUGACGAAGGUUCCCGGUUUCUACGAUUGCUGCGUGGGCGAGGAGAAGCGUCUGUUUGUGCGUUACCGUUUCCACCGUCUCACCUUCAUCAUGAACAUCGGCGAGCACGACCGGAUCCUCAUUCCCUCUCGCUGUAUCAUUGCUAGUUUAUCGAGUUCAUCGCAGACCACUUCGCGCACUUGCCCGGCGAGGAGUUUCCGGAGCGGCAGACGGAGGAGCAGAAGGCGGCGGAGGAGCGGAAGGCGAUGAAGGCGAUGUCGCACCAGCCGCGGUCGAGGAACCGUCUGGACGAUCUGAUUUUGCAGGACGAGGAGAAGCCGCGGUUCCGGCUGCGGUAUGUGGUGUACGCGUUGGGAGUGGUGAUCGGGCUGCGACUGGCGUAUCAGAAGAAUACUGGGUUCCGGUAUGCGUGCGACAGCAUGGUGAUGUCGUAUCGGUGUGGGAGCCUGGUGCAGGACUUCAAGGGAGUGAUGGAGAAGUGGGUGUUUGGGGAGAAUUCGAGGCUGCGGAGCUUGUGGAGAGAGUGGUUUUGGGAUGCGAAGAAUCGAUGGAGUCGGUUGUUGGAGAAUUGAGUGGAUGGAGUGGACGGGGAUCGAAGGGAGAGUGAGUC